AUGUACAGAGUUUUUGCCACAUUCUACGUAAUCUUCCUAAACGUAUACGAGUACUACCGGCUGGACAUAGAGCCCGGGCUCAUACGUACGCGCCCAGAAAGUGCCAUGAGUUUCAUGGCUGCGCUACCAGUGGUGUGUUUUGCGUACCAAACCCACGAGAUAGUAGUCCCAGUUUACGCCUGCCUAUCCGUACGAAGCACAGGUCAAUUUGCCAAAAGCACCGGGCUGGCCCUGGCAGUCCUCUAUGUGGUGUAUUGCCUGAGCGGUACGUAUGGCUAUUAUACGUUUGGCGGUACAGUAGCGCCAGAUGUGAUGCAAAUGUACAACCCGUUGGAUCCGGUGGUUAGUGCGGGAAUUGCGGCACUAAUUAUCAAAAUGAUUACCACAUACCCGCCGGUGAUUUUUUGCGGCAGGGACACUUUUGUGGGAUUAUUUUGCAAGGAACCAGAACCCAUACCCAUAGACCAACCAUACAAUUCCCGGGAAUAUUGGCUCAGGGUGGUUAUAACCAGCACGUGGAACAUGGUGGCCCUGGUACUGGCCCUCGUCAUACCUAACAUAACAAUUGCUAUCGGCUUUCUGGGCUCAUUGGCCGCGUGCAAUGUUUUUAUAUUUCCUGGUCUAUGUAUGACUGCUUUAGCCAAGCGUAAUUUAGAGUCCGACCACGGUUAUCUGGCCACUCUACACCAUCAUCAAUCAACAUCAAAUGGUUUGGACAGUAGUAAACCUAAUGGGUUGGUCACCCGUCUGUAA